CAUCAAACCGUCCAACAACCACAAUACUUCCAUUAACUACUCAAUUGGCCUCGCUGCCAACAAAAAAUCUUCCACGAAUGCCAAUCAAACAGCACAAAACAACAUCUACUGUGAUAAGGAAAACUUCUGUUUCACUGUCUCUACCAACUGAAUCAUUAUCAAACAUUGAGGAGACCACAACUAUGAAAAUACAGAGAAGAAGGAAACCAACUUCGAGUAAAUUAAACAAGUCCACAUCAAAAUCAAAAAGAAGAAGUAAGCCUACGAAACCUGCCAAUAUAAACACAAAAAACACCCUUUCAUCUUCCACUCAAAGAUUUAGUGAGUACUCAAUCUCUAAAAAGAAAACUGGGUCAUCUACUGAGUCAUAUUCGAGUUCCAAGAAACCAUCAAAAAGGAGAAGAAAGAAAAAACCACAAAAGUUUUCAACAACAACAACACUGCAACCAGUUGUUCACUUAAGACCAUUUAAAACCAGUAUCCAACAGCUGACCCCAUCAGAACCACCAAAAGUUACAAAAUCUGGUCUCUUGACAACAAUGCCAGAAAAGAAAAAGUCCACGGAGAAGUUUUUAAAUUCAUCAUUCACAAAUAUAUCAACAGCUCAAUUCCAGCCUUCUACAAAAAAGCCUUCAAAAAAAUUGAAGAAAAAGACGAAACAACGCAAGUCAACGAAAAAUUCAACUGUAACAGUUACCUCUAAAUCAAUACCUCAACUACUAGGAACAACACAAUCAGUUUCAACUACUACUUAUAAACAAAUACCGACCUAUGAAGAGUCUUUAAGUCACUUGUAUGUCACAAAAAAGUCCCCAUCAUUAAAACUUCCAACAACUUGGAUGACCUUCAACUCACCACUAAUCUCAGAAAAUCCACAAGUUCAAUCACCACCAACAACAAUAACAGCAUUGGAUGCUCCAUUCCCAUGUCCAUAUUAUCUGAAUAGACUAUUUUCACGAAGUACCUCAACAACGACAACAACUACAGCCAGUCCCACUCCUCCCAGUUCAUGCAAAUCGACAGGAAAGUAUCCAUCCCAAAACUGUCAUGAGUACUUUGAGUGUCUGAAAGUUAUGUGGUGGUACAGACUCAUGAUUCUGAAAUGCAAGAAAGGAGAAGGUUUCGACGCCACUUUAUUGCAAUGCAUACCUGAUGAGACUUGUGUGUGA